AUGGUUUUUACUGAGGAAUGCUCCAACACAAGUUUUAUUUUCGAUAUUAUAGCUGAGGGGCAGACAGAGGUCAGUGACGUCAUAGAGGAUGAGAUUGAGUUUUUGAAGCAGAACUAUGACGGCAUUGAGGUUGUGAAGCUCGAGGGAUUCUAUCCGAAAGUUUUACUCACCCUUGAGGCAGAGUCAAACCCAAGGCAUCGUGUGGUGCUUGAGGUUGCCAUUGUUGCCGGGUACCCUUUUGUUGCCCCCAGAGUGCGGCUCCGAAUCCCAGAAGGGGUCACGCCCGGGAGCAUCGGGGCGCUGGAUGAGUCGGGGGCGCAUCAGAUUCAGGCAGAUAUUCGAGAAGCCAUCAGCCCCUGUCUUCUUGUUGGCGCCCCUUGUAUAAUGCAGAUCAUCUCAGUGGUGGAGAGGGUGCUAUCUAACGGCAUUCAACGUUCAUGUACACCAACUCAUGUGAAAUCUACCGACACUGUGGAACAUCCGCCUUCCCAGACGACAAUGAAGACGCGGGAAGUUAUUAAACUCUGUGUUCUUUUGCUUCAUUUACUCAAUAAAUGUUGCCAUCUGAGGGAUCCUGAAUCCAUGGAGGAGGCCAAAAGCAAUUUUCAUAUACUGGGCCAUUACUUGAUAAAUGACGUGAAGGUCAUACCGAAAAAGCUACAAAAAUGCAUACCUUGGAAGUACGAUUAUACACAGCGCGCUUUUAGCGAAGAAGUUCGAGAAUCUAUGGAUGGGUCAGACAUCAUUACCAAGUGGUUCUGGUCACAUGAAGAGAGGAGUGGCACCUUUCAAAACAUUUUACCUGGAAGGUACAAGAACGAAUUUAUUCAGCAACGCAUGCUGGGUUCUGGCGGAUUUGCCCCAGUUUUUGUUUGUCGAAAGAAAGUGGAUGGCCGUCUUUAUGCUGUCAAGAAGAUUCUUACCAAGAAAGACCAAUCGGAAAAAGUCCUGAGGGAGGUUCAGAGUUUGGCGGCUCUCAGCCAUAAAAAUAUUGUUCGCUACUAUGACGCAUGGAUGGAACCCGGAUGCGACGAGGAUCUGAUAAACUAUGCUGCUACUCUUUCAGAAGAAGAGACGGAGAGCAGCGAGGCAGGGAAUUUUGAGCUCUCGGGCACCAAGGCGAUUUCACCGUGUUUUUGGGACGACUGCUCAGACACGUGCAGUGAGGAAGAUUCAUCGAGCGAUAAAAGUUGCUCCUCAACC